AUGGACCCCUCGCCAGAGGAGAUCACCGCUUUAGCAGAUCAGCUCAGCCAGGUGGCAAAGUAUGUGGCCUUCGCGCGGGAUCCCACAACCCGGAAACAACAGACAGCCGCUGUCGUGUUGCAAGCAAAGCAACUGAUAUGGCAGAUCCAAGAUCCAUAUGAUGCGCUCAUGGACCACAUUGUCAAUGGAUACACAAUUUCAGCCUGUCUUGCCGCAUCCAAGCUCGGCAUCUUUGAAGCAGUUCCUCCCACUGGUACGGUCAGUGCGAGCGAGAUUGCCCAGAAGUGUGACACUGCCGAAGAGUUGGUCGUCCGCCUGAUGCGUCAAUUGACGUGUGUCAACAUCUUCAACGAGGUUCGGGUGGGUGAGUGGGCACACAACAGACUCUCGAUCAUGCACAGCGAGCAUGUUGGCCCCAUGAGUGGCAAAUGGCUGUACAAUGUUUCACUCGAUGAGAUGAUGCCGGCCAUGUAUCGGCUGAAUCACUAUCUGGAUCGCUUCGGAAACCACUCGCUUCUGCACACUUACACCGAGACUCCGCAUUCGUGGUUCUAUGACAUGGUCGGCAAGAACUUUUGGGAAGUCAUGAACUCGUCUCACCAUCGAAUCGAGAACUUCAUUCGCGGACUGGGCCUGUUCGACGCUCUGCAUCCUGUAGUGGCCAUGUUCCCGUUCGAAGAGAAGUUGCGCGAAGGUAAUUCUGCUGACCGUCCACUUAUGGUCGAUAUCGGUGGUGGGAGAGGUCUUGCUUUGCUAGAAAUGAGAAAGGGCUGUCCAAGCCUGCAAGGACACCUAAUCCUGCAAGAUCGUCCAUGCGUCCUUGACGAUGUAUCGGCGGAAGAUCUACCCGGGGUGACGAGGAUGCCUCACGAUUUCUUCGAGGACCAGCCUGUACAGAACGCGCAAGUUUACUACAUCCGUCGCGUUAUGCACGACUGGCAAGAUAAAGAUGCCUCACGGAUAAUGAAAGCUAUCAUCCCAGCCAUGGCAAAGGAUAGCCGCAUUCUCAUCUCCGAUAUGGCCAUUCCUGAGCCGGUGACACCGAGAGAUGCUGGAGCAAUCUGGCUCGACCUGAUGAUGAUGACCAUCGGUGGCAAGGAACGAACCGGUCGAGAUUGGAACCAUUUGGCAGAACUGAGCGGGCUCAAAUUGGUACACGUUUGGCAAGAGCCUGACAGAUUUGGCCCAUUGUGUGUCGUUGAGUACAUGCUUCCAGAUGCAGAACCAACUCAACCCCUCCACCGUGCGAUGAUGGAUGGUGCCGCAGACGAGGAAGAAAUGACUCCCAACAUGAUCACAAGCGAGGGAGAACCUCUCACGGUGUCUGACGUGGAAUCGAGCGAGUCCAAAGACGUCGACUGGGAGGAAAGAACUGUGGUGGGUGAUCGUGAGCAGAGUUUGGAGCCACCGGCAUAG